GAGGUUCGCUGAAACGCUCAGAAAAGCAACUGAAACAUCUCAAUCUUUGAAGCUCUUCGAAGUGGAGCUCCAACAAUGGCGGCUGGACGAGAGGUCUCAGUGGUAACAAUCGGAGGUAAAGGCUCCUCUCUCUCUUCGUUAUCGGUCUACGCCAUUGCCAAUGGUCUCUCUCAGGUAAGAAUUGAUUCUGCAGUAACUGAUAAGCUACCGAAGGAACACCCCCUCUCUACUGUUCCCCUGCACAACUUGAAAUCGAGAUUUUUAACCCUAGAAGAAUCCCGAGCUGCUCUUGUUGUCGUCCUGAACAAACUCGCUCUCUCCAACGCUGGUAUUCGUGACGUUCUUCCUGAUUCGAUUGUAGAAACCCUAAAUGCUGGAUUCGACCCUGAAAGCUUGGAUUUUGGUUCUGUAUCUGCGUUUCUGGAUUCAUUGUUUCGGUUAAACUCGAAGAAUCCCGAGGAGGUUGGGGUGACGGAUGGAGAGCUGGCUGUGUUGGAGAACUCUUCUGCCGCUUUGGUUGGAAUUUCUGCGCUUUUGGAUCAUUCUUCUUCCGUUUUGUCUACUGUUACAGAUGCAGUUGCUGCCAUAUCAUGUGAGGCUACAAAAGCCGACAUAUCAGCGUUUAAUUCUCUGGAUUCUGGCGACGGUUUCUCUGCAAAGGACGAGACUGCUGUCGCCAGUGACAUGAAGAUUUUACUUGCUGAUUCUAAGCUUGUAGGUCGGGUUGAUUCGGAUGCGAUUUGGGAGAUUCCAAAGGUUCAUGGAAUUUUCAGGGAAGUGGUGAAGUCGGUUCACACAAGGAUGCGGGUCGAGCUGAAUUCUUUGGUGAAAGUGGGUAAAGGGAGUUCUGGUAGUAGUGGGUGUGGAAAAGUGUUGAUGAAUACAUUGUGGCCAUUGGCGUCGGCGCUUCAGUUUCUAGGUGAGAGUAGUUUACGUCGAGCAAAAUUGAAUGCGGAGUCAAUUAGUUCUGUUGAUUUAAGGACUCAAGUGCUGGAAACGCUUGAGAGAAGUUGCCCUACUUCUAAUGUUUUGAACGAUGUGUUUCGUUUGAUAUGGGAAGCUAAAUGUGAAGUUGAUUAUGUUAAAUUUUUUCACGAAAUUUACUGUCUAUUGCUUAAGGUCAGAACAGUUGUUGCUUGGGAGGGAGCGUUAGCAUUAUUUUCACUUGAGAAGAGUGAGUCAAAUGAAAAAGCCCAAGGGGCUGCACCUGCAAGACCUGAGGCUAAUGUAGGCAAUGCACGUGCCGAAAGGAAGGGUGAGAAAAAGAAGAAGGUUUUGGGUAAGGGAACUAUUGUUAUAAGGCAAAUUAUUAAAGACAGGGUGCAAAAUCAGGAUAAGGAUGCGGUUGAAAAUGUUGAAGUGCUGGCUCAGUGGGCUCAAAAUCUUUCCUUGUUUUUUGAUCCUAAGGACCCUGAACUUGAUAUUUUCCUGCAGAAAGUAAAAGAGAUUGUAGAAAGCAAUGAAUCUAGAAGGAUUCCCAAGAUUCCAAAGGGUACUCGGGAUUUCGCUAAAGAACAAAUGGCCAUAAGAAAGAGAGCAUUUUCAAUCAUAGAAGAGGUAUUUGAGAUGCAUGGAGCAACGGCCCUAGAUACUCCUGUUUUUGAAUUGCGAGAGACUCUCAUGGGAAAAUAUGGGGAAGACUCAAAGUUGAUAUAUGACCUUGCGGACCAGGGCGGUGAGCUAUGUUCCCUGCGGUACGACUUAACUGUGCCUUUUGCUAGAUACGUAGCCAUGCAUGGUCUCAGUUCAUUCAAAAGAUACCAGAUUUGUAAGGUAUACAGAAGGGAUAACCCAUCUAAGGGGCGAUAUCGUGAAUUCUACCAAUGUGAUUUUGAUAUUGCUGGUCACUUUGAAUCGAUGGGGCCUGAUUUUGAGGUUAUCAAGAUUUUGACUGAACUUCUUGAUGAAUUAAACAUUGGUGAUUAUGAGAUAAAGUUGAAUCAUCGGAAAUUGCUGGAUGGGAUGCUGAAAAUUUGUGGCGUACCUCCUGAAAAAUUCAGAACAAUAUGCUCUAGUAUUGACAAAUUGGACAAGCAGUCAUUUGAGCAAGUCAAGAAGGAAAUGGUGGAGGAAAAGGGAUUAUCUGUCGAAACAGCAGAUAGUAUUGGAACUUACGUGAAGAAAAGGGGACCCCCACUGGAAAUAUUAUCCAAGUUGAAACAAGAGGGUAGUCAGUUUUUAGAACACAGUGGAUCUGCUACUGCUUUAGAUGAGAUGCAUAUUUUGUUUAAAGCUUUGGAAAAAUCCAAGUGCAUAAACAAGGUGAUCUUUGACUUGAGUCUUGCAAGAGGUCUUGACUAUUACACUGGAGUAAUAUUUGAAGCAGUCUUCAAAGGCACUACACAGGUCGGCUCCAUUGCAGCUGGUGGGCGUUAUGACAAUCUUGUAGGAAUGUUUGGUACGAAGCAGGUUCCUUCAGUAGGUGUCAGCCUUGGAAUUGAGCGCGUGUUCACUAUACUGGAGCAACUUGAGAAAGAUCGCAACCAGUCAAUCCGACCAACGAAGACACAAGUUUUGGUGUCGAUUUUUGGGGAGGACCUGUCUCUAGCUGCUGAGUUGGUUAGUGAAUUGUGGGAAGCCAAAUUGAAAGCAGAGUUCAUGGUCAACAAAAGACCGAUGAAACAUAUUGACCGUGCCAAGGAGUCACGUAUCCCUUGGAUGGUGAUUAUUGGUGAGCGGGAACAAAAUGAAGGCAUUGUCAAACUGAAAGACGUAGAAGCCAACAAGGAGGAGGUAGUCCCAAGAAGCAGGGUAGUAGAGGAGCUACAAAGGCGGUUGAACUUCUCUUCCUCAUAAUUAUUUUAACAGUUUUAAGUUUUUUGCAAUGCAGGUACCAAUAUCCAUUAAAACAUGAAUUCUACAUAAACUAAGGGACUUUCCCUCAUUAUAUGGAUAAAAAUAUACAGAUGAAUUAUUGACGAGGAUUCA